AUGGGGACAGGAAGGAGCAGCGGUGGCGCUUCCUGGUGGCUUUGUCAUGUGACGGCGCAGCAGCAGAUCCGAUCCCGAAUCCCGGCCCGGCCUCCCGAACCCGCGGCCGCAUCCAUGCCCGAGAGCCCGGCCGAGCCCCCGCCGCCCCCGCCAGAUGCGGACGGAACCGAGGACGGAACCGAGGACGGAACCGCGGCCCCCGCGGAGCCGCGCCGCGCCGCGGGCACUCCCCCGUCGGAGGCGGAGGAGCAGGAGGAGGAUGAGGACGAUGAAGAUUUCCAGUUCCUGCGGUGCGAGGGCUGCGGGCAGGACUCGGCGCGGCCGCGGCUGCUGAGCUGCCUGCACACGCUGUGCCCCGGCUGCCUGAGCGACACCAAGCAGUGCCCGCUGUGCCAGGCGGCCUCGGGGGCGCCCGCCAUGGACAACCUGCUGUUCGCCAACCUGCGGAGCCGCCUGCAGGUCUGGAGGCAGAUCCGGAGCUCGGGCGGGCCCGGCUGCAGCCGCUGCAAGGGCGAGGCGGCGCUGGUGUGGUGCUCGGACUGCGAGGAGUUCUUCUGCGCCAAGUGCUUCGAGGAGCACCAGUGGUGGCACAAGAAGAAGGCGCACAGGGUCAGGAAGGUGGAGGAGCUGCGGGCGGGCUCGGCGCGGCAGUUCCUGGAGGACACCAAAACCUCCUGCAGCCUCUUCUGCUCCAGCGCCAGCCACCCCGAGGAGAGCCGCGUGUGCAGCAUCUACUGUCCGCGCUGCGAGCGGGCUCUGUGCUGUACCUGCGCCCUGCUGGACACUCGCCACGCUCCUUUCCGCGACCUCCGCGCCGAGAGCCGCCGGCGCCAGGACGAGCUGAGCUCCCUGCGCCGGGACCUGCGGCGGCUCCGCGGCGGCUUCGAGGCGGCGCUGGCUCGGCUGCGGAGCGAGGCCGCCCGGCGGGAGCAGCAGCGGGAGCGGCUGCGGGAGCGCGUCCGCGCCAGCGCCGAGCGCCUGGAGCAGCUGGUGCGGAGGGAGGCGGAGGAGCUGCGGGCGCUGCUGGAGGCGCGGCCGGAGCGCAGCGGGAGCGCCCUGGCCGAGGAGCUGCGCGGAACGGAGGGGGCCCUGCUGCGGCUGGAGGCGGCCGAGAGGCUGGUGGAGAGGCUGGGGCGCUACGGCGGCGAGCAGGAGCUGAUGGACAUGCAGCCCUUCGUCAAGGGAGCGCUGCUGCAGCUGCAGCGGCUGCGGCCGCCCCAGCCCCCCGAGCUGCGGGAGCCGCCGGACUUCGCCCAGUGCCGGGCGGGGCUGCGGGCGCUGGUGGAGCGCGUCACGGGGCGCCCGGAUGUCCCCGAGGUCGAGGUGGCCCUGGAGGACAACCUGGAAGAGGAUUCCAUCCAUCCCAAAAUCCAGCGUGUCUCCAGCCUCGAGGAGAUCCCCAUGGACCAGCCUCUCCCAUGCUCCUCCUGGAACAAGCGGCCUCUUCUCUGCGUGGAGAGGGGCAGCCAGAUGUCUCCCAAAAUCCUGAAGCUGGAAUGUGACCACGAGGCAGGCCCCAGCCGUCCUGAAUCCCACUGGGAAUUCCAGACAGAGCCCGGCCCCUCCACAUCACGGCACAACUGCGUCCGCAGCGGUGACGCAGAGGGCUGCAGCAUCAUCAUCUGCAGCUCAGAUGACAGCGACGAGGACACCGUGGUGGUGACAGUGACACCGGAUCCACCCCCCUGCUGAUGGGCCUCAUCCUGGCC